UAUUAGUGUUAAAAUAUUAUUUAUCACAUUUUUAACACAUAGCAUUUGCGAACUGAUCUCUGAAUAUAAAGAAAAGAGGCCUAAAACUACUCCCGAAAACAGCAACCCAGCGGCUAAGAGUUCUGAAGAAGACUCUUUAAGCAGGUUUUCCAACAAACCUGGUGUGGAUUCACGGCCUACAUCAGAUGAUGACGUCUUAGGUUCUGAAAUCAAGAAGGAACCAAAACCAAAGUUAGCAAAGCUAAUGAAGGCUUUUCAGCAAUCCAAGAGAAACCAAGCAGAAUGUGGCAUUGUGAGACGAGAGAGUGCCACCCUCUCUGAGAACAAUAAUUCUGAUAGUGAAAUUGAAGAUGUGGUUGAAACCCUUCCCAAACCAUCACCUGGAGUCCAGGGCUUCUCUCAUCCUGCCUUCCCAAGGCCUGAUCCUCUUCCAAAAUCACUCAAGACUCUAGCAGGCCUUGGUCUUGCAAAGGAAGGAACCACAAAGCCAGAACUUGUUGAAAAAGAAAGUGAUGCUGAUAUUAUUGAAAGGGCUCCCCAAGAGCAAGCAAAUCAUGACCAUUUGACUUCUGUUGAUAGAGCACACAAAAAUAAUAGAAGUGACAUGAUGUCAGCCAUAGGAUUGGGAGAAGAGAAAGAUACAGAAUCACCUAGGAUUUCUGAGAGUAUCUCUGAGACCAUUCCACAGAACUCUGUGUGUCAUUUACCUGAAGAUCAAAGAGGAAAAAAUACAUUAAAUGGACAAGUAGAAGCUUCUCCUGAGAAAUGUCCUAAUGUGAAGCCUGCAGUCAGAGUGAAAGAUUCUGUUCCUAAUAAAACAGUCGGAAUGAAGAAACCACAAACAUCUAAUUCAGAUUUUUCAGAUUGGGAUUCGACUAGUUUGAGCUUCAAUAGUGAGAUUUGUCAAAGAGCCAGGCAUUUGAAAGGUGAUGAUCAGCGUCCGUUGGCGUCCCAAUCAAUGACCAAAAACCAAUCGGCACCCACAGAACUCGGACAGAAGACCGUAGCAGAUAAAGAAAAGAUGAAAAAUGCAGCAGUGUUUCUUGUAGGGAAUUCCAUGCCCCAUCACCCGUGCCAGUCCCCGCUGCCAGGAAACAGAGGAAGCAAAGAAGAUUUUUCAGAUUGGGAUUCGACUAGUUUGAGCCUCAAUAGUGAGACUUGUCAAAGAGCCAGGCAUUUGAAAGGUGAUGAUCAGCGUCCGUUGGCGUUCCAAUCAGUGACCAAAAAUCAAUCGGCACCCACAGAACUCGGACAGAAGACCGUAGCAGAUAAAGAAAAGAUGAAAAAUGCAGCAGUGUUUCUUGUAGGGAAUUCCAUGCCCCAUCACCCGUGCCAGUCCCCGCUGCCAGGAAACAGAGGAAGCAAAGAAGAUUUUUCAGAUUGGGAUUCGACUAGUUUGAGCCUCAAUAGUGAGACUUGUCAAAGAGCCAGGCAUUUGAAAGGUGAUGAUCAGCGUCCGUUGGCGUUCCAAUCAGUGACCAAAAAUCAAUCGGCACCCACAGAACUCGGACAGAAGACUGUAACAGAUAAAGAAAAGAUGAAAAAUGCAGCAGUGUUUCUGGUAGGGAAUUCCAUGCCCCAUCACCCGUGCCAGUCCCCGCUGCCAGGAAACAGAGGAAGCAAAGAAGAUUUGUCAGGAGAACUAGACUUGGAAGUGAUAUUGGAGGGAGAACAAGAAAAACCUGAUGGAGAUGAAAAUAACCAUACACAGGUUGAAGAAGAAAAGAAGCACAAAGAUGCUGCUGAUGAGAGUCGACUGAUUCAGCAGAGAAAGAGUGGAGGAAAUAACAAGCAGAUGUUUCCUGCUAUGGAGAAUAAAGGUUCUGAUAGUCGGAGGACUUCUUCCAGCAUUUCUCAUGAGGCGGGACUAGUGGUGAUGAACUCCCUCAGUAGCGAUCCUGGUGUGCACAGGAAGGGAGUGAAGAAAAAGAAUGAUGAGAAAUGGGCACUGGAAGGACGUGUGAUGGCACCGAUAUUUGAAAAGACUAAUGCACUGACUGGUGGCCUGCUGCACGCGAAUGGUGACGGCAUUUUAAGGGAAGUGGAUCAGGGUGAUGACAGGCCUGCAAGGAAAACACCGUAUGAAAAGAAGAAGGUCAAAGAACAAAUUAAUUACGUGAAUGACCUGGAUGACUUAACUCAGUCGUCUGAGACUGUUUCUGAGGAUGGCGACGGGCUUUACUCUACGAAUUCCCCGUUGGAAGUAGAACCUCUCGAUGUGGGGCGUAAAGAUUCUGGUAGCUUGUUGAAGGUUUGGGAUGCAGUUUUUUCCUGUGAAAGAUUAGUAGAUUUUCAAAGAAGGCACUGGGAACUACUUAGAGAAAAAAAUCACAAAAUGAAAAGUAAGGUUCGUGGGCUACAAAAAGAGCUGUCAGAAAACAAAGAAGUAAAAUCACAGUUAGAGCAUCAGAAAGCAAUGUGGGAACAAGAGCUCAGCAGCUUGAGAUUCACCUUAAAGCAAGAAGAAGAGAAUAGAAGAAAUUCUGAUAUGUUAUAUGAAAAAAUGAGGGAGGAGUUAAGAAGAAGAGAAGACGAAUAUAGGAAAGAAAUUGAAAUGAAACAGCAACUAGAAUUCACUCUCCCAGCACUCAAAAAGGAAUUGAAGACCAUGAGAAAUAAUGGGAAUCAGGUUUCUGAUAGUGGGAGAAAAGCAAAAGAUCUGUUACACAAAAACCGCAUGCUGCAGGAUGAAAUUGCCAGCCUAAGACUAGAAAUAGAUGCAGUAAAAAAUCAGAAUCAGGAAAAGGAGAAGAAAUAUUUUGAUGAUAUUGAAAAUCUUCAAAAGGCAAUGAAAUCGAAAGAGGAAAUAUUAACAGAGACUAUAUUCCAGUAUACUGGUCAGCUUAAUGUCCUGAUAGCUGAGAAUACAAUGCUCAAAUCUGAGCUGGAGAACAAUAAACAAAGCAAACAGGCACUGGAAACAGAAGUGGAAUCCUACCGUUCUAGACUGGCUGCUGCCACACACGAUCGUGAUCAAGGUCAGGCAUCACAAAGAGACCUGGAGCUUGCCUUCCAGAAAGCAAACGACGAGAGGUUAUGCUUGCAGGACCAAAUGAAGUUCGAAGCGACUAAGCUGAGAAGUAACAGUGAGACGGCUUCCCAGCAACUUUCUGAAGUGGAAAGUCAAUUCAAUAAGCUAAAAAUCAAGCUGCAUCAGAUGAGAGAUGAUCUCAGAGAGAAGACUUUGAUGUUAGAAUUUGUCCAGAGAGACCCACGCCAAGCAGAGUGUCAAAAGCAGGAAAUUGAACACAAGUAUCUGAACAAACAAGGCAAAGUGAAUGAAUACCUUAAAAAGCAGGAAUCCUUAGAGGAGAGAUUGUCUCAACUCCAGAGUGAAAACAGGUUGCUCCGACAGCAAGUGGGUGAUGCACAAAAUGGAGCCGACAGUACAGAGAAGACAGUCAUUAGCAUCCAAGACGAGAUUCAGCAGAUCGUGAAAAAAGUCCAUGCUGAAAUUGAGAAACAAGGUCUGAUGGUGCAGGAAAAAGACAAGGAGUUAAUCAACGAAUGGAAUCAUUUAGAAGAGAGACCUUGUCAGUAUGAAAAUGAGAAAGCAGAAGAAUUGCAAGAAGCACAGGAUCAACAUGUAGAGGCCGUGAGAUGUGCUGAAAAAACACAGGAUCACAUCCAAAAACUUGAAAUUGAAAAUGCCAAGUUACAAACUACAGUCAAAAAGCAAGUGGGCAAAAUUGAACACCUUCAGAAAAACCUGUUAAGUACAAGAUUGAUUGAUCAUCUUCCAGCAGAGCUAGAAAUUGCAUGUUCACAAUGUCUGCACCUGGAUGCAAAAAAUCGAGUUCUUCAACAGGAGUUAUUAUCAAUGAAAGAAUGGCAAAGGAAAUGUGAGAAACUAGAGAAAGAGAACAAGAAGUUGGAGCAAGAGAUACGAGCAGCAUCUCAAGAAAACUUACAGCAGGUGCAUGAGGAGCAUAUUGCUUCCAUAAGAAGUCAGAUGGAACUCAGAUUUAAAGACUUGGAAUCUGAACUCUCCAAGAUGAAAACUUGUCAAGAUUCUAAUAAAGCAGAGUUGGGAAAAUAUAAGCAACUCUACCUAGAGGAACUAAAAGUUAAAAAGGCAUUGGAAAAAAGACUAGACAAGACUAAUGAGAGGCUGGCAGAGACGAGCACCAAACUUGAGGUGCAGAAACAGCAGAACAGGUCUUUACUGAGCACUCUCACCACGAGGCCAGUCCUGGAGCGCCCUGGCAUUGGAAAUUUCAAUAAUACUAGAAUGUUCAAUUCAAAUCUUUGUCCAAGAGCAAACCUAGAGUUUUCUACUUCAGUUCCACUCCCUUCAAAUAGCAGCAUGGUGACUUACCUGCUCAAGACACGGCGGAAGUUGGAAAAGAGUAUAACUAGAGAACUAGAAGAAGGUGCUGCUGAAUUUGAAUCUGAAUUCUCUAGAUUGUCCUCUCUAUUAUCUACAGGUGGAUCAAAUCUAUAUCGGGACUAACCUGUGAAAACAUCAAAAUAAUAUAUACAGAUUCUGAAGAAAAAAAUAUAUGAUUUGAAACUCAAUAGUCAAAAUUUCCCUACUGGACUGUUUCCAUGAGAUUUUAGUUGUUUCCCAUUAAACAUGAUGAGAAAAUGUUUAUUAAAGGAAAAUAUUUUUGUAUUAUGUGUGUAUCAUGAAAACUGAUAUGGCAUUUUAAGCCAUGUUUCUCUGCAUCUAACUUACUUUUAAGCAGAAACAUCAGCACUGUUGAGUUUUCCACAUUCAAAGUGAACGUGUUAGUCACUCAGUCGUGUCCGACUCUUUGUGAGCCCAUGGAUAGCCCACCAGGCUCCU